UUGGCCACGCUGUCGCGGCCAAAGUUUGUAGACCUUGUCCAGGACGUGAAUGCGGAGCUGAGGCGCCGGUUCCCUAACCAGGUUGUCAGCAAGAGGAUCGGCACAAACGCAUGCGUUGUUUUUUCCUCACUGACUGAGAGCUUCCCGUGGGAUUUUGUAGCUGCCGCAAGGUCCUGGCGAUCAUGGCAAACCGCCUAUGCGGAAUAACGGGCAUGGCGGUCCAGGCGGAUCCCAGAUCAUGCACCAGCAGCAAGGGUACAAUAGCCAGUACAACCGAUCGCCGCCAUCAAGCGGGUACAACAACGACAAGCAGCUACGGCCAUCAGCAGCACGCCAGCAGCCAGCACCAGAGCACCGGCGGAUAUAGCGCGUAUGGCGGCAGCCACGAGUCGCGGUCACUGAGCCCCGGCAGCAGCACAAUGAUGGACUCCGUGGACCGCGUUGCCAGCGACCUCAACCACGCAAUCCAGAUCAGCCAGCCAGGCGGCUCGGGCCGGAUCUCGACGCCAGACAACCGCACCGCUCGCGCACAAACCAAUGCCUCCACGACCAGCAGCACAUCCAUGAGUGACGCAGACAAGCUGCGCAACGAAUACGAGAUGCGGCUGGCGGCCAUGCGCAAGCGGAUCGGGCAGCUCGGAGAGCCAGAUGCUCGAUUACCGCAUGAACGACUCGCCCGACAGCAAAGUCGACGAGGUCAACAAUCUGGAGAAGCUGAACCACGUGCUGACACAAAAGAAUGAGCGGCUUGAAAACGACAUCAAAAUCCUGCGCGACCAGCUCAUGUCCGCCAAGGCCGAGGUCCCGGCGCUGCGCUCCGAAAACGAAGCCCUGCGUCGCGAGAAGGCACAGCUGGUGGACCGCGAGCGCGAACUGAAGCGCGAUCUCGACGACGCCCGGGCCAAGAUCCGCAAGUACAAGACCACAUCGGUGUUUGCUCGCGACCACCAUGAGACCGACCUGGAGCCGCCUCCUAAGCUCAUG